AUGAGUGAUGAAGACAGUGACUUGGACUCGACAGGCUUUGUGAUAAUGCCUCCACCUCCUCCACCGCCACCACCACCAUCACCACCUCCUACUUCACUUCGACCUAGAUACACUGGCAAGGCCCGAAUAAUUCAGUCAUCUGUCUUUGCCAGUCGAGAUUCCGGGCGACCCAAAUCUCGAACAAAAAAACCCCCGGAAAACUCUCGAAAAUACGGUCGUUUUACGUCAAAUGAUGAGGACAUUGAGAGUGUUGCAACUACAGGAGACGUGGCUAUUGAGACACCCGUGCAUUCAGGUGAUGUAGACGGUAACGAGAGUGGAGAGACAAUGGACGAUGGCUGGUCGGACCAUAAUCGAUGGUAUUGUAAUAUUUGUAAAGAUGGAGGAGAGUUACUAUGCUGUGAUCGUUGUCCUCGAGCUUUUCAUAUGAGCUGUUUAGGUAUGAGUGACGAUAUGAUUCCGGACAGAGAGUGGUAUUGCAAGAUGUGCGCAGAAUGUUUGGACCGACGUCGACUUAAACAAGAGUCGAAGGAAAAAGCACGAGUCAUGCGUGAAACGGAGAAAUUGGAACGAGAUGCUCGCCGACGUAAAGCUGAACAAAUGAAAGAGGAAAUGCUGGCGAAAAAGUCAGUUGAGGCAAUCGAGCAUAAAGCCAAACGUGUUUUAGAAAUGCAGGAUCGAAUUCUUAGUCGCAAGAAAAUCAAGUACAAAGAUAAGGAAGAGGAGAAACUAGGCAAAAUGGCGGAAGAGCUCGCUCAGACUGUGCGGUCAUCUAAAGAAAAGCUAGAAAAGCUGGAAAAGGAGGACGCAAUCCUUAGAAGAAAAGAGGAAGCUCUCAAAAAGAAGAAACGCGGAAUGGAUGAUAUCCCACCCGAGGUUAUUGAAGAUACGUCGCGUCCCGACAAACCGACGCCAGCGCCAUGCAAUUUUGCAGAAAUUCCGGCAAAGUACGUUGGCAAGAUGCUUGCAGUGUGGGAUUGUAUCUAUGCAUUCCACGACAUUCUAGAGCUUGCGGAUAUCACAGUAGAUCAGUUCAGUCGUGCGCUGAACUAUCCAAAGCACUCGCCUAUGCUGACAGAGAUCCACAUGUGCUUGCUGGAGAAGAUUUUGGAGGACAGAGAGGACGAGGACUACCUGUCUGAUGACGAAGGCUCGAUGGAUGACAGCGAACAAUAUCGAUACGAAAUCCAGCACGCACCUUUAACCGUAGGUGUGCCAACACGCUCGAUGCUCACUCCGCUCACUUGGCCGUCCAUUUUGUGCGGCUUAAUUUCGGCUGUGCCUCGCUACACACAACACUCCACGCCGACAUUUGUAGCCGCAUUCAAAGCGCUACAAGAUACAGACUACCCGGCGUUGCAAGUGCAGCACAAGCUGGCACUGCUGCAAUUUCUUGUUGGUCGCCUAGUUGACACGGAGAAAAUUCGCCGCGUGCUUGGAAAGCACUUGAAUGAGAUCCUUAAAGCAUCCAAGGAAUAUAACCGCACUGUAAUGCUCGAUCGAAAGCUCACGCUUGAGGAUGACAAGAAGCUUCGAGAGAAGCAGCGUAUAGAGCUUGCUAACUUUGCGGAGUCGAACAAAACGUCGAUGAGAAUUUGGUUGGGAAAUGAUAAAAAGGGUCGAGCCAAUGGAGAUGCAGCCUCUGCUGACGGUUUUGAAGAGACCAAAAGCGAUAAUGAUGGCGAAACUGGUUCAGGUAGUGACUCCGACUUGGACGAUCUUGCUUACAAUGAAGAGGCCUUGUCAAAAAAUGAGGAAGAGCUGGAGAGACUCCAGCUACAGGAAUUCAUAUCUCGGCAUGAAUACGUUUCCCGAAAAAAGAAACUUGACAAACAGCGCGAUCGACUACGACAGAGAACGGAAGUAAAGCUACGCAAGCAGAAAAUGCAGGAACAGACAGAGCGUAAGCGAACGAUAGCGAAAAAAGCUAUCACUGAUGGUUUGGCAUCAAAAGACUCGGCUCUGCUUCGAAACGCUAUUGAAAAAGCCAAGGAGUGUGGCCUUCCGGACCGUAUAAUGGUAUCGGCUACACACGUGCUGGAAAUUUGGGAUGCCGAAGCCGUUCGUGAGGAGGAAGCCUUAGUGAAAAAACGCAAGUUCAGCGCAUUGCUCCGCCAAUCGUUUGUUCGGUCGGAGCCACUUGGACGAGACAGAGACCAUCUGAGGUAUUGGAUUUUUCGAGGCGACCUACAGCGGCUAUACGUUGAAAGGCCAGGUCCGUCAAAUAAGAUAAAGCGUAAAUAUGAGUCGCUGGCUAGGAGCGGGUCUCCAAGGGAUGGUUUGAUCCCCGAAGAUGACGAUAGCAAUGCAACAUGGUAUUGCUACUCUUCGCAAAGUGAGGUGAACAUGCUAAUGAAAGUUCUAGACGCACGUGUGCCUCGUGAGGCUUGCCUUCACUCAACCUUGGCUGAUCACAUGAAAGAACUUGCGAGUGAAAUGCCUGUUUCAAAGCCUGGCUUGUUGAUCUCUGAUCUACUGAACGAGGAGAGUGCUAAGAAGCGCUCUCAGCUCACAUCAGGCGCGCCGAUCGAUGAAGCAACAGAAUUCCUUCAAUGGAAAAAUGACAAGCACUCAAAGCGCAAGGCAUUUGUGUAUGCAGAUCCAAGUGUUAAUUCAUUUCAGGAAGUCCUGCUAAAGGGUCAAGAGUGGAUCUGUAAAUGCCUUCGUACUUUAGGCUCAACCUGGCCAGACCGUAUUGACAAUGGUGGCGCAAUGUGGCGAUCGUCCGUGCAAACCAUCGAUAAGGUUGAAGACUUCGCUACUGCUUUGUUCGCCCUAGAAAACGAGUUGAUGUCUGCUCAGAAAAAGCCAAAUAAUCAACGAUCCGGCACGGCAGCGCUGAGUCCCGCUGCAGCAGACGCAAGCAAAAAUGCCAGUACCCCCAAUGAGGAGUACGACAAAAACGAGGAGAGGAGUGAUGAUGAGGAUGACGACGAAGAGGAAGAGGCUAUUGAUCUUUCAGUGGAUGACGGCAAAAUGCUUUGGCCGUCAAAAUAUUGUCGCGAACGCUGGAUUCAGAGUGUUAAGCGUGGUAAGACAGUUGCCGUCAUGGCCACUGCUUUAGCCUCAUUGAUACAUCGCCUUAAGGUGCUUGGCUUCUUGAAUGCGUCCGAUGAAGAUGCGAUGAAAACACGCGCGAAGAGUGAAAAGGAAAAACAGUCUCGCAAGGAGCGCGCAGCCAAGAAAAAGAAGCAGAUUGAGGAGGUCGACGAUGGUAACAUGCGCGAGUCUGUAGAUGAAUGGGAAGAGGACUGUUACAUUUGCAGCGAAGGUGGUGAAGUGGUGUGCUGUGACGGUUGUCCUCAUGUGUUCCACUACUCAUGCAUUGGGCUUCGCCGUAUCCCUCGAGGGAAGAUAUUCUGUCACGAAUGCGACACAUCAGUCAAGCCUGUGGUCCCUACGGAGAAGAAUGGAAAGGCUUCGGUGAAGCGGCCUAGACGGUCGCACUCACCAUUAUUACGGCGUCGACCCCGAAAGCAAGCAAAGUUGGUGAAGGACGAGUUGGAGUUCGACGGAAGCGAUGCUGAAUCCGAUUCUGCAGUAUUGACUUCUGCUCGUCCUGCGUCGGGAAAGACAUUUCCAAUACGGCAUGCCCACGUCGAGAACUACAUUGGGCCUAAGACUCCGGAAGACCAAUGGGAUGUUGACUGCAGUGUGUGCAGCCUGGGAGGCGAACUGCUCUGUUGUGAUGGGUGUCCUCGUGCUUUCCAUGUCAAGUGUAUCGGUCUGCCUGAAGUUCCUGAGACGGAGUGGUUCUGCAAUGAGUGCAAUCUGCAAGAAUGCGGGGUUUGUAAGAAGAAUAAGAUCCGGCUUGACUCGCAUGUCAUUUGUGGAUCCGAGGACGGCUCCAAGGGCUGCGAUCGUGUUUUCCAUCUGAAAUGCGCGAAGCUUGACAUUGUUCCUGCCGAUGACUGGUACUGCAAGAAGUGCUGCAUGAAGCUGAACCUGUAA